AUGACACGUCCUGAGCACAAAGAACCCACUGGGGCUGAGGUGACCCUGGGACCUGAGCACAAAGAACCCACUGGGGCUGAGGUGACGCUGGGACCUGAGCACAAAGAACCCACUGGGGCUGAGUCUGGACCGGACUCAAGACUCACGAACUCCGUUACAGCAUCUGCCAUGUACCCGGGGACCGCCACCGCCCCACCGGCCACAGCCCACACUGACGCACACAGCCAGGGCUCUAGACCCGGGGGGACCGCACCGCCAAGGCCCGGGGACCAAGGCCCCAGACCAGGGGGGACCGCACUGCCAGGGCCGGGGGACCAGGGCCAGCAUAAGCCGUUCUUCUACGUGCAGCCGCCCUUCCUCCCGAUGCAGAACCUGCAGUGGCCCCCCCUGAUGCCGCUGCACUACAGCCCAUACUACGGAGGCUUCCCGGGCUACGGGUACGGUCUGCCGCUGAUGCCGCACUUCCCCCCUGCGCCGUAUCUGGAGGCUCCGGGUUUCGUCCUGCCGCACUCGCACCACCACCUCAUGGACUACAGGCGCAUGCUAAACCCGCAGUAUUAUCAGUCCAUGGCGUACCACGCCCGGCGGCUUCGCUUUCAACAAAACGCUCCAACCCGAGACGUGACCAGCGCCGAAGUCCAGACCGAGCCCAUGUCAGAACCCGGUCUCAGCCGCUCAGAGGCCUCCAGAGAUUCUGGAAACGCUUCUACAGCUUUGUCCGCUCAGAGAGAAAACCCGACUUCAGCUAACGCCACACCGCAGAAAGGCGGCUUCGUCAUCGAGGCCGAAGAGGUGCGCAUCCAGUGUUGUGCGUCGCCGCUGGGUUUGACCGCGCUGCGCUCGCCCGAAACCUCAGAAAUGUCCAGAAGGUUUGCACAGGAAGUGGUGCAUUGUAGUUCAAUUGUUCAGAACGCUUCGGUCGCGGACAACGAGGAAACCGUGGAGAACAAAACCAAGACGCCGCAGCCGUGCCCCGACAUCCUCCUGGUGAAUCCGACAGAGGGCGUCGUGGAGCGAGCAGCGUCACCUUCAGGCCGGUCUCCUGUCGACACCAAAGUUGAAAACAUUCUCAACGAGAAAAAUCUCAAAGUUGUGCGUCUCCCGUUCAACGCUAAAUACCUGUCCGAGCUGCGGGACCUGGAGGCCUCGAUCUGGACUCCGGACCAGACUCUGGUGCCGUCUCCAGACUUCUUCAUGGAUUCUUGCAGUGAGUUGUUUUCUGGCGAAGUACCGUCUUCAGAGUUGGCAACCACGAGAGAAGAAGUUCUUCACGAUGAGUGCGUCCCGAUCGUUCAUCUACCUCCGGCGCUGAGCGAGGACCUGGCGAGUGUGGUCCCAACGUUUGUGAACCCUGUCGUCCAAAUCCAGCGGAAGGAACUCUCCAAACCAUCGAGAGUCUGCGGUAAAGUGGGCCAUAACGUUUGUGGUAAAGUGGGCCGUAGAUGUUCUGCGUAUCUUCUGUCGGACGAUUCUGUGGGAAAACCGAGCGACCAUCACGAGACUUCGUUUGAGUCGUUGCCGGCGUAUCUGCCGUCGUGGCUCGCCGACUUCCAAAGCUACGGUAAGAUUCCCUCGACUCCUCAGAAGUCCGUGAAACCGCUUUGGAGCAAGAGCCUGAACGUUCCGGAUCUCCAGAGCGCCGCCGUCAGGAAGCCAAAGGAGCGGAACGAGCCCAGAGCGGAGCGAAGGAGCGCCUCAGACAACGAGUGCUGCGUCAGCCGCAGCUACAAUGAGAACCUGGCGGUUUCCUACGAGAAGAAGCCGAGGCUCUGCACACGGUGUUUCAACAAGCGGAGAGCGUACCACGGUCCAGACAAAGAUUCAAGACCCAAAGCGGCGCCUUUCCAACUGUGGAACGAUCAGACGUGUGUCGCUUGUACAGGCUUCACCAGCAAGAGGUUUGGUGGAAAAGGCUGCUGUCCAGAUGUUCAGAUGGAGGGAGAGCUGAGUGAGAGCAGCUGCAGACGGAAGAGAAGAGAGUCCAAACACAACUCAGAGGAAGGGUUUUCCAAAAGGAGGGGGUGUGGCUGCGGAGAGCGCCAUCGCUAUCACCACGGCGACGCCAUUCGGGAGGCGGACGAGAACAACCGGCAACCACCGUGUCCGCCGCCACGCUGGCAAACGGUCCGCGCACACGGCUCAGUCACCGGGAGGACGCAGGGUUCUCUGAGUGCAUCCAGCUCCAGCAGCACGGUCAGCCGCAGCCGCCGGGAGAAGGGCGUGAUCUACCGCGGUGAGGAGCAUCAGCGACCCCGGUCUCCUCUCUCCUGGAGCGGACGGUCUGUGGAGCCUCUCCCGGGGACAGCACACUGGGGCUGGAGACGUGGACUAUGUGACGUCACCGCUCUGUUUGGAUAA